AUUAUACGAGCGCCGAUUGAAAUUGACAUCUAUUUGCCGGAGCGGGUUCAGUGCAAGCUCGGCGUUGCCCCGACGUGCUCCGCCAUCUUUCACCGCGUUCGCAUUUCGACGUAAUUUCAAUUUGGCGCGAGCGGUUUAUUACGGCGGCGAAAUAAAGAAGAAUGCAAAUUUGUGCAUGCAACGUUGCGGCCCCGUGAAAUGCGGCAGAAAAUACGCGCGGCCGAUAUUUUGCAGAAAGAGACACGUCGGAUUAACGUUCUCUCGCCGCACUUAGUUCACGCACAAUAAGCUCUCGAACGUGAAAUUUACGACAAACGGAAAUUCACAAAAGCUUUGUGUUAAAUAAUGUAAUACAAUUCAAUUAACCAAUGUAGAAAAAUUGUUAAACGACGCAGCUGGCAGUUCUAAUUAGUGAAAAUUUAUUGCGGAAAAUAUUACCUCGGCCAGAGUUUUUUACAAUUAAAUUGCGUUACGGAUCGAUUCAAUAAUUAAUUCAGUGAUUAAAGAUUCAAUUCCGAUUGUAAGUGUUGAUGACGCGCUCUUAUUUUGACGAAUACUUCGCUAAUUGAACAAAAGUACCCGUGACAAUGAAAGAAGUCGGAGAGAAUAUGAUAGAGUGGGAGAGCUCGGAAUCGGAUUUCUCGGAUACUGAGGACUCAAAUGAGCUAGGGGCCAACGUGGGCCCCGAGAUCGCCACGAUGGACACUAUAGACAGUGUCAACAAACGGCAAGCCACUCGUGUCUUCAAGAAGUCCAGUCUCAACGGCAAGAUCACGGUUUAUCUCGGCAAGAGAGAUUUCGUCGACCACAUCACGCAUGUUGAUCCUAUCGACGGCGUCGUCCUGAUCGAUCCGGACUACAUAAAGGACCGGAAAGUGUUCGGUCACGUUCUCGCGGCGUUCAAAUACGGCAGGGAGGAUCUGGACGUCCUCGGAUUGACCUUCCGUAAGGAUCUAUAUCUGGCGGCGGAACAGAUUUACCCGGUGCUGCAGGGAACCCAGCCGCCCAGGGAGCUGACGCGAUUGCAAGAGAGGCUGAUCAAAAAGUUGGGCAGCAACGCGUACCCCUUUUACUUCGAGUUACCACCCCACUGCCCCGCCUCGGUUACUCUGCAACCGGCGCCAGGUGACACCGGCAAACCCUGCGGCGUCGACUACGAGCUGAAAGCGUUCGUGGGCGAGACGCAAGAUGACAAACCGCACAAACGGAGCUGCGUGAGGCUGGCGAUCAGGAAAAUUAUGUACGCGCCGUCGAAACAGGGCGAGCAGCCCUCAGUGGAGGUCAGCAAGGAGUUCAUGAUGUCCCCGAACAAGCUGCACCUGGAGGCCUCCCUCGACAAGGAGCUCUACCAUCACGGCGAGAACAUAGCUGUGAACGUGCACAUAGCGAACAAUAGCAACCGGACUGUGAAAAAGAUAAAAGUGUCGGUUAGGCAGUUCGCGGACAUCUGCCUGUUCUCCACGGCGCAAUACAAGUGCACCGUCGCCGAAGCCGAGAGCGAUAUAGGGGUAGCGCCAGGAUUCACCCUGAGUAAGGUGUUUUCUCUAAGGCCGACGCUUGCCGAGAACAAAGACAAGCGGGGCCUUGCUCUAGACGGUCAGCUUAAACACGAGGACACCAAUCUCGCGUCUAGUACAAUGGAGGGAUGCCCGGUGGGCCCGGGCUUCACGCUGAGCAAGGUGUUCACCUUGACACCCCUUCUGGCCAACAACAAAGAUAAAUGGGGGCUCGCCCUCGACGGCCAACUCAAACACGAGGACACCAAUUUGGCGUCCAGCACCCUUGUGGUCGACCCGGCGCAGCGUGAAAACCUCGGCAUAAUUGUCCAGUACAAAGUUAAAGUCAAACUCUGCCUCGGCGCACUAGGAGGCGAAUUAGUCGCGGAACUGCCCUUCAUUCUGAUGCAUCCCAAACCGGAAGAGGAGGAACCAGUGCCGUCCACAGCUCGACCAAGCCCUACGCACAAAAGCGACGGCGGGGAAGUCCCGCUCGAUACGAACCUCAUCCAAUUGGACACGGAGGCGGAUGGCGACGAUGACAUAAUCUUCGAGGAUUUCGCCCGUUUGAGGUUGAAAGGCGAAACAGAAGCUUGACCGUGUUCCGCCGACACCUUGACACGUAUCGAUCAAGUGACUUUGACGCCACCAUGCCGCACGCAAGACGGAAGUUGCACAAUUUCGCCAAUGAUGCCAAUAGCUAUGUCGCAGCAGCAAACUUAAACGACGUCAGUGUUCGACGACGUUUGCUGUUUGUCGCUGCGGUGUCAUCGCUAACCCUCGAGCGCAAAGUGUCAGUAACGGUGUUUCGCCGUUGUGGCGCAUUUUAAAAUUUAUCGCAGGAAUAGUUUAAUGGAAAAAAAACUAAAAAAAAGAGCGAGGGUUAUUAAAAAGAACAUAAGAAAAACGAUAUUGUAGAUGGAGAGAAAUUCUUCACGCUGCUCACACUUUUUGUGCAAUUUUGAAUUUUCACGCGAAAAUGAUAUCGAAAAACUUCUUCAACGAUCGACAUUUUUUACCAAUUGUCAAAAGUAAACGCACAGGAAGUCAAAGUUUCUCAAGAGCAAACCCCAUACAGCACAGAAAGUUAAACUAGUGUUGCUAAAACGUUGCGAUGUUGAACGUUGAGAUAUAAAUAUCUUUUCUACGUUGAAUCUCUAGGUUAACGUUUCUACAUUAAUUCUUUAUAUUGCUG